AAUACCAUAUUAUUCUUACCAUCUUUAUUAUAUUCUGCGCAUGAUUUCAUACUUGUUUGGGAUUUGCCAACAGUGUCUAAGAUUUGAAAAAGAAAAAUAGUAGAACUAAUGACAGAGACAUCAGCAUAUAUUUUUAAUAUCAAACCAAAAGAUAUUUGAUGUCCAAAGAAGAGAUAAAUAUAAAGUUAGAAGUAUGACAAUAAGUCUUGGUUGUUAUUUGCCAUAAGAAACUCUCUUUUCUCUUCCCCUCAUAAUUUGCAUUUCCUCACAACAAUGUCUGCCUUCUUUCUUCCUUCUAGUUCUCAUGCUCUUUUUCUUGUCCUCAUGUUGUUUUUUCUCACUAACAUCUCAGCUCAACCACUAUAUAUAAGUGAAACAAACUUUACAUGCCCUGUGGAUUCUCCUCCUUCAUGUGAAACCUAUGUAGCAUACAGAGCUCAGUCUCCAAAUUUUUUGAGCCUAUCUAACAUAUCUGAUAUUUUUAAUUUGAGUCCUUUACGCAUUGCAAAAGCCAGUAACAUAGAAGCCGAGGAUAAGAAGCUGAUUCCAGAUCAACUGUUACUAGUACCUGUAACUUGUGGUUGCACUAAAAAUCACUCUUUCGCGAAUAUCACCUACUCAAUCAAGCAAGGUGACAACUUCUUCAUACUUUCAAUCACUUCAUACCAGAAUCUCACCAAUUAUCUUGAAUUUAAAAAUUUCAACCCCAAUCUAAGUCCAACUCUAUUGCCACUAGACACCAAAGUUUCAGUCCCUUUAUUCUGCAAGUGCCCUUCAAAGAAUCAAUUGAACAAAGGAAUAAAGUAUCUUAUUACUUAUGUGUGGCAGGAUAAUGACAAUGUUACCCUUGUUAGUUCAAAGUUUGGUGCAUCACAAGUUGAAAUGUUAGCUGAAAACAAUCAUAACUUCACUGCUUCAACCAACCGUUCAGUUUUGAUCCCUGUGACAAGUUUACCAAAACUUGAUCAACCAUCUUCAAAUGGAAGAAAAAGCAGCAGUCAAAAUCUGGCUCUUAUAAUUGGUAUCAGCCUAGGAAGUGCUUUUUUCAUUUUAGUUUUAACACUAUCACUUGUGUACGUAUAUUGUCUCAAAAUGAAGAGAUUGAAUAGAAGUACUUCAUCGUCCGAGACUGCAGAUAAGUUACUUUCAGGUGUUUCAGGUUAUGUAAGCAAGCCAACAAUGUAUGAAAUUGAUGCAAUCAUGGAAGGUACAACGAAUCUGAGUGACAAUUGUAAGAUUGGUGAAUCAGUUUACAAGGCUAAUAUAGAUGGUAGAGUUUUAGCAGUGAAAAAAAUCAAAAAAGAUGCUUCAGAGGAGCUGAAAAUUCUGCAGAAGGUAAACCAUGGAAAUCUUGUGAAACUAAUGGGUGUGUCUUCUGACAAUGAUGGAAACUGUUUUCUGGUCUAUGAGUAUGCUGAAAAUGGAUCACUUGAAGAGUGGUUGUUCUCGGAAUCUUCGAAAACUUCAAACUCGGUGGUUUCGCUUACAUGGUCUCAGAGAAUAACCAUUGCCAUGGAUGUUGCAAUCGGUCUGCAAUACAUGCAUGAACAUACUUAUCCACGAAUAAUCCACAGAGACAUCACAACAAGUAAUAUCCUUCUUGGCUCAAAUUUUAAGGCCAAGAUAGCGAAUUUCGGGAUGGCUAGAACUUCAACCAACUCAAUGAUGCCGAAAAUUGAUGUUUUCGCUUUUGGGGUGGUUCUAAUAGAGUUGUUAACUGGCAAGAAAGCUAUGACAACUAAAGAAAAUGGUGAGGUUGUUAUUCUGUGGAAGGAUUUUUGGAAGAUUUUUGAUCUUGAAGGGAAUAGAGAAGAGAGGUUAAGAAAAUGGAUGGAUCCUAAGUUAGAGAGUUUUUAUCCUAUAGAUAAUGCUCUAAGUUUGGCUUCUUUGGCAGUAAAUUGCACUGCUGAUAAAUCAUUGUCUAGACCAACCAUUGCAGAAAUUGUUCUUUGUCUUUCUCUUCUCAACCAACCAUCAUCUGAACCAAUGUUAGAAAGAUCCUUGACAUCUGGUUUAGAUGCUGAAGCUACUCAUGUUGUUACUUCUGUAAUAGCUCGUUAAUCAAGUGAAGGUAAUAGUGAUUCAGUUUGUCAUAUUCAAGAUGGUACUACUUUGCUUACAUCUUUAUGUGUGGAGUUAAUUUUAUGGUUAGUUUAUUUAGGGAAGUGUUCUAAAUUUCAUUUUUUCAUCUGUUAUUCUUUAAUGCAUGAGUUUCGGUAAAGUGAAUUGUAAGCUGCUAUUGAACUCAAAAUAAAUUUGCUUAUUGUACAUGUUAGUGGUGAUGCGAGUUUUCAGAUUUUGAA